AUGACUGAAGUUGGCGGGUACACUAAACUAGAAAACAAAGAGCUCAGAACGGAGUUUGAAUUGACAGACUUUCCUUUGCUUGGCAUAACUGAUAACGAUUCAGAUGAUGGAAGUCAAGGAAAAGACUCCCCAAAUUUCGUCUAUCCUAUCACUUCUGAUACGGAUGAUCCUCUAGUUAAUAGUGUGCUUCGAGAAAACGAUAAAAAAUCCAGUAUGAGAAUGGCUUUCAUGAAUUUAGCCAAUUCUAUUCUUGGUGCUGGAAUAAUCACUCAGCCGGUUGCAAUUAAGAAUGCUGGUAUACUAGGAGGGCUGAUAGCAUACAUAGCACUUGGAUUCAUCGUUGAUUGGACAUUGAGACUUAUUGUCAUUAAUUUAACUCUUGCAGGCAAGAGAACCUACCAGGGAACGGUCGAGCAUGUUAUGGGUAAAAAAGGGAAGUUGCUAAUUCUCUUCACAAAUGGGUUAUUUGCAUUUGGUGGGUGUAUUGGUUAUUGUAUUAUUAUCGGAGAUACCAUACCACAUGUUCUUAGAGCUGUUUUUAGUCAGAAUGACGGCGAAGUACAUUUUUGGCUGAGAAGGAACGUUAUCAUAGUUUUGGUCACCAUUUUCAUUUCCUUUCCGUUAUCCUUAAAGAGGAAUAUAGAGGGAUUAUCAAAGGCAUCAUUUCUGGCCGUCAUAAGUAUGAUCAUUAUUGUUCUCACAGUGGUUAUCAGGGGACCCAUGUUGCCAUAUGAUUGGAAGGGCCAUUCCCUCAAGUGGCCAGAUUUUUUGGUAAAAACGACAAUAUUCAGAAGUCUCUCAGUCAUUUCCUUUGCUUUAGUUUGUCAUCACAACACCAGCUUUAUCUUCUUCUCAAUGAGGAAUAGAAGCGUAGCCAAGUUCACCAGAUUGACACAUAUUAGUAUUAUUAUUUCGGUAAUAUGCUGUGGAUUAAUGGGGUUUUCAGGAUUUGCGGCCUUCAAAGAAAAAACAAAGGGCAAUGUCUUAAAUAAUUUCCCAGGAACAGAUACUGCUAUCAACGUAGCUAGACUCUGCUUUGGAUUUAAUAUGCUAACUACGUUCCCCAUGGAAAUUUUUGUUUUACGAGAUGUUGUCGGCAAUUCCUUACAUGAAUGCCACCUCAUUAAGAGUUAUGAUGAGCACACUCAAUUAUCAGACAAGCAACAUACGAUAAUAACUUCCUUGCUUGUUUUUAUCACUAUGAGUAUAUCAUUAACUACCUGUAAUUUGGGCGCAUUAUUUGAACUGAUUGGUUCUACUACAGCAUCCACAAUGGCUUACAUUUUACCGCCAUACACAAACCUGUUGUUAACUAGUAAGAAAAAGAACUGGAAGGCGAAACUUCCUUACUAUCUUUGUAUAUGUUUCGGUUUUAUGAUUAUGAUCGUCAGCAGCACUCAAACAAUUUUAGAUGCCAUUAAUGGUGCCGAUGAGCAGCACUGCGAAAUAUAG